CCCCACGUCGCUAUAAAGUCCCGUCCCCCACUUCCCUCGAUCAACAUCGUCUCGGCUCACGGAACAGAUCUGUUCUCUCAGACUCUCAGCAGCGGCCAUCCGUCGUACACUCCUCUCUCGUCUCAGCGCACCCUCCGGACGCACGGCGGCGAUGGCCGAGGCGGCGCAGGGCGGGGGGCUGCGCGGCCGCGGCGUGCUGCUGGGCGGCGUCCAGGACGCGCCGGCGGGGCGGGAGAACGACCUCGCAACCAUCGAGCUCGCCCGCUUCGCCGUCGCCGAGCACAACACCAAGGCCAACGCGCUGCUGGAGUUCGAGAGGCUGGUGAAGGUGAGGCAGCAGGUGGUGGCCGGGUGCAUGCACUACUUCACCAUCGAGGUCAAGGAGGGCGGCGCCAAGAAGCUCUACGAGGCCAAGGUGUGGGAGAAGGCCUGGGAGAACUUCAAGCAGCUCCAGGACUUCAAGCCGGCCGCCUGAAAAGAUGUAAAUAAAUAUGUUAUGUGAGCUCAACUGCUGAAGCUUGUGGCUGGGGCCUAUCCAACAUGUCAGCCUCACUGGAUACUGGUGUAAUAUGAUGAAAUAAACCUGCUUCCUGCCUGA